ACAAUCAUGUGAAAGAGGAGCAAGAAGGAAGUGUUGUGGGAGGAGAGAGACAGAGGCGCAGAGCUGCGAUCAGCAGAGUGGAAGCGCGAAACGGUCCUCCCCGGCUUUCCUUUUUUAUUUUUUAUUUUUUCCCCUUCUGAUAUAAUUUGAGCUCAUCCCAGUCGCGCACAAUUAAAGCCAGCAUAACCCUUCGGAUUGAAUUUAAAUUCGGAAAAGCGAACUUGUGUACUUUACAUUUACAGAUUGAGUCUCCUUUCUCUUCCUUUGCAAAUCUGUGGCUACGGGGUAUCAUAUUUGUGUAGUGCUAUUUUUCCUCAGAUCUAGUGUCCGUAAAGCGGUUACCAUUUCACCUCUCAGAUCUAGAGUCUGAAAUAGAAGAUGGAAAGCGAGAAGAAAUCGUCUUCGAUAUCUGAUGUGGGGGCAUGGGCCAUGAACGUUGUCAGCUCCGUCGGAAUUAUUAUGGCCAACAAACAGCUUAUGUCCAACACUGGCUAUGCUUUCGGCUUUGCCAGUUCAUUAACUGGGUUCCACUUUGCCGUUACUGCUCUCGUUGGCCUGGUGUCAAAUGCUACCGGUUACUCAGCGUCAAAGUAUGUUCCUAUGUGGGAGCUUAUUUGGUUCUCAUUGGUUGCCAAUAUGUCUAUCACGGGGAUGAACUUUAGUCUCAUGCUCAACUCCGUUGGAUUCUACCAAAUAUCAAAACUGAGCAUGAUUCCUGUGGUUUGUGUGAUGGAAUGGAUCCUCCACAAUAAGCACUACUCAAGGGAAGUGAAAUUGUCAGUGGUGGUUGUGGUUAUUGGUGUUGGCGUUUGCACUGUAACUGAUGUAAAAGUUAACCUCAAAGGUUUCAUGUGUGCCUGUUUAGCAGUUUUGUCAACAUCUUUACAGCAAAUUUCAAUAGGUUCCCUUCAAAAGAAAUAUUCGAUUGGAUCUUUUGAAUUGCUGAGUAAAACUGCUCCCAUUCAAGCCCUUUUUCUUCUCAUUCUUGGUCCAUUUGUGGAUUACUACCUCAGUGGCAAAUUGAUAACGAACUAUAAGAUGUCUUCUGGUGCCAUUUUAUGUAUUCUUCUUUCAUGCUCGCUAGCUGUAUUUUGCAAUGUGAGCCAAUACCUUUGCAUUGGGCGCUUUUCAGCUGUUUCCUUCCAGGUUUUAGGCCACAUGAAAACAGUAUGUGUUCUGACGUUGGGAUGGCUGCUAUUUGAUUCAGAGCUAACUUUCAAGAAUAUCAUGGGAAUGGUUAUCGCAGUUGUUGGCAUGGUAAUUUACAGUUGGGCUGUUGAGGCUGAAAAGCAGUCAAAUGCAAAGAUCCUUCCUCACGCGAAAAACAGCCUGACGGAAGAAGAAAUUAGACUAUUGAAGGAUGGAGUAGAAAAGAGUCCUCUGAAGGAUGUUGAACUUGGUGAGGCUCAAGGAUAGAUUGACCCGGAUUUGGUGGUUAAAUUGAUGAGAAAUGAAUGCCGGCAAUUAUACUGUGUAUUGCUUUCAUUUGGUUUGUUCCUUUUUUCUAGUCACAUUUCUAUCUGCUUACCCUGGCACGGAUCCAGUUUUAGAACUUGUGUUCCCGUUCAUCAGCAAUGCUUCUUUAUUAGUUUGAUUUAUUACUUUUGUUGUUGAGGUUAUUUAUUUGGCCUGAGAAAAUUGUUAGAUGAACAACGUGAUGGCCCCAUUAAGAUGUAUAAUGUGUACGCAAAUGAAAAGCGAUAUCAAUCCCCUCUUGCAAUUUCUGUUUUAUAUAAAUUAAGUUCGGAUCU